AUGUCGUAUAUAUUGCUCUUGUUAUUACUUGGCUUAGUCACAUUAAGUUCUUCUGAAACGUCUUCGACCUUUGAUCGUAUUCGUGAACGUUUAGAAUCGUCAGGCAAACGGAUUACCGUCGUUGGUCACGCCGAAGCCCCUGAAGCAGCGUCGUAUUUGAAUCAUGAUCUAACACAAAAUGUACCACACAAAGUCAAUGUAUCCAACCAAAUAACGAAGAGUAUUCGUGAAUGGACUCCACGUCUACUAGCACUUGAUCCAACGUGUCCGUACUAUUUUUCUGAAAAAACAAAUGCUUCAAAACCUGAAGAAGAUCUCAAUCUUCUUUCCUAUCUCUUGGGAAUUGAGUCAAACAAAACACUUGAACAUCUGUUCAUUAGUAUUCUGCCAGAUUCCUAUCGAAAUGCCGUUCCACUUCUCUCGAUCCUUCGUUGCCAUCACCUAGUUUAUCCGGCGUCAACAUCCGAUACGUUCUUCCAUAACGUCAAACUUAUUGUUGGGCCCGGGAACACUGAAUUACCUUUCGAACAACAAUCAGCUACGCACUCGCAAUUAUUCUGUUCUCUUUCUGGCUGGCCACAAUUUGUCCUUGUCGAUUCAGCAAAACAAUCAACACCAUUCAACCGAGAAACUUUCCUUUCACAAGAAAAGUUCGACAACGUCGAGUUUGCUUCAACAAAUUUAGCACCGGGUACUUGUCUCUACAUUCCACCUGAAUGGAUCGUCGGUGGACAACUGAACAAUAGCAUCUCCCUAAGUUAUAUCUUGAAAAAAAUCGAGAAACCCACAUCCGAUGAUGAACCAAUCGCAUGUACAACAACGGGUGAAACGACCAUUGACAAUGUCGAUUUCGAUAUUGACGAUAAAUUCAACGUAACUGAAAUUGGCUUGGUAGUUUAUUUCUAUCAGUAUCUCAAUCCACCGAUGUUCGAUAAACAAUUUGAUUCAAAAGCGUUUUUUCAACAGCUGCAGUCGGACCGAAAUAUUUCUCAAUUGGUUAUGAAAUGGACACCAGAACUGACAGAUUUAAUCGAAAAAACGCUUUUCAAUCGACUUGAUAUAAAUCAAGAUGGUGAAUUUAGCAUCGAUGAUUAUUUCGAAGUCAAACGAUCGAACUUACUCGAAAUUCAAAAUGGUGUAUUCGAAAUCUUGGAGAAAUUGCGUAUGAUCAUUGUCGGUCAAUAUCAAGAGUUAAAUGCGACCAUCACCAAAUUCACUGAACAGGUUCGCGCGGCUGGCGUUGAAGGCACAACAGGUGAAACACUCGAUGCACUCAUAGAUGAGUUGCCUGAUGCAAUUAAGGCCAAGUUAGCGGAGAAAAAUGCCAAUGUCAAAGAGGCAAUUGACAAAGUUAAACAAAAGAAACCGAAACCAUCAACAACCAAACAACGUGUUCGCGAAGACGAUCCAUCAGUCUUCUUUGAUGAAAAACAAGGUGAUGAAGCUAGCUCAAUAGUCAAUCAAGAAGAUGAAGAAGAAGAAAUAACUGCUGAACCAGUAGCUAACAUCACAGAACCUCACCGAACUGAUUUAUAA